AUGAGUCUCCCAGCUCCAGAGUAUAAAACGAUCCAGCCAGCACAGACGCACCAGGCGACUAUCAUCUUUCUCCAUGUGAGCUCCCUCCUCGAGUCUUCCCCUGCCGGAAAGGUAUUGAUUAGCUCUGUUUCUAGGGUCUGGGAGGCGAUAGAGGCGGGUUUCCUCUCGAAGAAAGGCAUCUUUGAAAAGCACAUCACCACCACCCUCGCCCCCGCUCGCCCUUCAAUCAAAUGGAUCCUCCCCCUCGGCCCCAUAAGACCCAUCACCAUCCGCCAAGGCCUCCUCGAAUCAGGAUGGUUUGACGUCCCUGAGCUUGCCACGCCUGACAAGCCUGUGGUCGAGGACGGCGAGGGCCAGCUCGCUUCUCUCCAAAGCAUCGACCUGAUUAUUCAAGACGAGGUGGAUAGGGGUACGCCGGAGAGCAAGAUUGUGUUGGGAGGGUUCAGUCAGGGUGCAAUGAUAUCGUUGUUGGGGAGUGUUGUGCUGGAGAGGAGGUUGGCGGGGAUAGUGGCGCUGAGUGGGAGGUUGCCGCUUAGUGAGAGGGUUGAUGAACUCAAGAGUGUACAUGCCUCGGAAACUCCCAUAUUCGUGGCGCAUGGCAAAGAAGAUGCAGUCGUGAGCUACGAAUUCGCUGAAAGAGCCGUCGACAUACUCUCCAAAUUCGGUCGACCCGUCCUUCCCCAGGGAUCAGUCUUCGCCCGGCCGAGUAUACGGUUCACCUCGUACCCUGGCUUGGGCCAUACUUACAGCGAGGAAGAGCUCCUCGAUUUGAUAGAGUGGUUGAGAGAGUGUUUGCAAUGA